CUAACCCGAAUUUGAAAUAAUUAGAAAACAGGUAUAUACGAAUCAGUCAUAUGCUCUUGAAGAAUGUUCCGUUUUUAAGUCACCUCCUGGUGACAUAGACAAGCAAUCCCAGCGAAAACGCAGGGCAGCAUUUAUGCCAGCUUUUGCCAAACCUUUUUCAGCUGCAAUAACACCCGGCCAUCUGCAACGUCUUUAUAAAGAUGGGGUUUUCGAUGUUCCCAGCACCAGCUUACAAAAUGCUCUCCUACGGACAUUUAUCAACUACGUGUUUCCUUGCAUCCCAGUCGUCGAUUUGGAAUUUCUUGAAAGUAUUACCAAAUCCCGGAAAAGUGGGGAGGCCAAUAUUAGCUUGCUACUUUACCACUCCAUCAUGUUUUCGGCAACAAGUUAUGUACCCAUGGAGGACCUCAUACGCGCCGGUUAUUCUAGUAGGAAAGAGGCUUGCGAGCCCUUUUUUCAGAGGGCAAAGCACCUUUAUGAAUCGGGCUAUGAAUCUGAUGAGCUCAUCAUUGUUCAGGCUCUCCUUCUGUUGACCUACAUGUCUGGACAGACAGAAGACACUAGAGACUGUUGGAACUGGGUAGGCGUAACUGUAUCAGUGGCUCUGAAAUUAGGACUCUUUCAGGACCAUCCAGGCCCUGAAGUCUCAUGCAUAGACCAAAAGUUGCUCAAGAGAGUUGGCUGGGCGUGUUUUAUGCAAGACUGUUUGAUUUCUCUAACCUUAAGAUGUCGGCCGAGAAUUCAAAAGCAUGACUUUCAGCUAGAGUGCCUGAAAGAAGAGGAUUUUGAUCUUGACACGUUGAUUACGGAUAUUAAAGCGGGGUCUUUCGAGUUUUGCUCAGCGAAAGACUUUGUUAUACAGAAGGAUUUGAUCCUUCUGUGUGUUUCAACUGCUAAGCUAUGCGUUUGCAUCAAUAUGGUGCUAGAGAUUCAAGGGAAGAACAACAAUCAAACGAACAACUCGGCAUUGAUUGAGGUUAUAUCAUCGCCACAAUACCAGACUCCAAGUUAUGAUCAUAUUGACCAACUGCUUACGUGCGAUAAAAAUUUGACAAACUGGAUGCACUCUUUACCACCAGCGUGCAAAUAUCGCGCUUCAGGCAAAGCCGACACUGAGGACUCUAGUUUUGUUGUCUUUCUACAGCGCUGUCUUCUCCAUAUGAUAUUUUACACAACCGUCUCAAUCCUACAUCAGUCUCGUUUCAUGGCUUCGUCGGCUAACCGCACGUGUGAUGCCGCUUGUCAGAUUACUACGAUUGCCCAAGUGCUUCACGAGAGCAAGCUUCACUACUACUUGCCUUCUCCUGGCAUUACAGCCAUUCUAGUGGCCAUGGUUAUUCAACUUCUUGAAUCGCAACCUCAUCCUUCUCGACAGCCGCGGAAUUCAGCAGCGAAGAAUCUUCAUUUAUGCAUAGCAGUGAUGAGUGACUUAUACGAGGUGUUUCCAGACGUGGAGGUAGCAAUAUCCGCAAUUAGUAGUAUCAUACCGAAAAUCACAUCCGCGCCUCCUCGUUGUUUGGAAGAUUGCGAUUCAACUCUGACAGGUUUACGAUUAAGAAAUAACGGCAGCUUCCAUUCUGAUUCAAUUGGCUACAACACACCAAAGACAAACCUUCUACCAUUUGGACUCCCCAUUGAGUUUGGUGACAACGUUAUGACUGAUUCUGGAUGCAAUUUUCCAGAGUAUACCACUCCAUUAAACAGUUCGUUAGCCUUCGGGAACUGGGAAGGUAUCGACCCGCUCUUCGGAUAUCCAACAGAAGCUUCUCCCGGUGAAGAAGAAUUAUAUCAGAUAUACUGCUAGAUGCUGUCAUAUAAUACUCUUCUGAUCUGAUAUUUUCAAUCAAUUUGUAGGACUAUUUCUUUUGGUUGAGAUGGAUUUCCUUCGGACAUUAUAUCUGCUUGCAUUUAACCUACUGUAG